UAAUCUUGAUAUAUACCCACAUAAAAAUUCAAAAACAAAAUGGGAGCUAAACUCAUAAUUAGUUUCUUAUUCUUAGGAACAUUGUUAUUAUUUUCAUACCCAAAACCAUGUUUAGCAUCAUCAUCUGAAGCCCCAACACCUAAAGAUGUAAUUAACAGUUAUUUAAAACCACACAACAAAGUUCGAGCAAGCCUAGGGUUAUCACCUUUCGAAUGGAGUGAGGAGCUUGCUAACUACGCGCGGUGGUGGGCCCAUGUCCGGCAAGGUGAUUGUGCGAUGAUACAUUCACAUUCCGACCACGGCGAGAAUCUGUUUUGGGGGUCCACCGGAAAAGAGUGGACCGGCCAAGACGCGGUGGAUUUCUGGGCCGGAGAAAAGAAAUAUUAUGAUUAUAAAACUAAUACUUGUGCAUCGGGUCAGGAAUGUGCGCAUUAUACUCAGAUUGCUUGGAAACAAAGUAAGAAGUUGGGAUGUGCAAAGCUUACUUGUACAAAUGGGUAUACUUUUAUUACUUGUAAUUAUGAUCCUCAUGGUAAUAUUAUGGGACAAAGGCCUUUCUGAUUAAUCAAGGUCUCUAAUUCUGUAAUUCAUUUAAUUUAACAUGACUUGUAACGAUUAAUAUUAUUAGUUUUAACUUCUAAAUAUGUAUUAUUGUAUAAAAACUACGAACUAUUAAUUA